GGGGCAAAGUUGUUGUUUAACUGCUCGUGCUAAUAUUGAUACCCGAGCAAGCGAAAGAUUCCAAAAUUGAACCACGAGCGUAGCGAGUGGUUCGAGAAGUGGAUUCUUGAGCGUUGCGAGAGUUUCAAGGCACGAAGGUUAAACAAACUUUGCCUCCGAUUGAAAAACGAAAAUUUUCACCACACCAACGCGAGGAAAGUACUAACUAUGAAAUACCAAAAAAAUCAAAAUAAAUCAAAUCCAAAUGCAUGUCAUAAAAAAUUUAUGAAUCAAAAUCAUAAUUUAAAAGCCAAUUCUACCAGCUAACAUAAGAAAACAACUCAAAAUUUGCAUCUGAUAAUUUUACCCCACAUGUGGGUAAAAUACAAUUUUAUCAUUAGUUUUUGAACAAUCAAGAGGGCCUAUAUCAGUUGGUGUGGUGAAAAAUAAAUAUUUUAGGGACAAGCUUACACAGAUCAAACUAAGCGCAUAAUCUUAUAUUAUGAGAUUUAUGAGUACUAGUUGACGAUAUCGAUUUACAUACAUAUUUAUAUGGAUAGAUAAAUAAAUACAUUCAUCAAAUCAAAUAACUCAUAACCAGUAACCCAGUAUUAUUUGAAUAAGUUAGUAAAUUUUUAAUAGCAUUCAAAUCGAUUAAAAUGCAACAAAUGCUUUGUUGAGUUUAAUAAGAGAAAUCAUCAACAAAAUCAUUUAAGUCAGUCGUCACCAACUCACCACAUCAAAACUAUGCUAGUUUUCGUUUCAACAAAAAAAUAUUUAAAAAAUAAAAUAGGUUAAGUGCCCCAACCCAACUUCAAUACCCACUACUUAGGGCACCGACUGUAUUUACUACGAGUAUUUUGAAAAAUGAGUAUUUAUACGGAAAAAAAUAGGUAGAUAGAUAUUGAAAAACAACUUUUUUGAAGUCGGUUGACGACCUGACCUCGCUAGCGCCUCCUAGUGACUUUGUUGGCGAAAUAAUAUGAUGGCCGUUACCAUGGUUACGGAUUAUUAUGGAUGACACAAAUAAAGUCAAUUCACUAUUGUUCGUUGUGACGUGUCGAAAUUAGAUCAAAGUUUAUUUGAGUGUUUUCCUAAUUAAACUACCUUUUAAAGUAGUUCACACACGCAUAAUGGUCCAUUUUGUGUUGUUAGAAAUCACUAUAAAUUAAAUGUAAACAGAACUUAAAGGGAAAACGUAAGAUCGAAGUUAUUAGAUACAUAUUUCAGUGAAGUUUAAGUUCUUCUAUCAGUUUGUCUUAUUUUUAAUAGUUUUUAUACCUACAAUUAAAACUAUGUCAAAAAGAUAAUAGGAAGAAGUUUAGAGGGGCAGGAAUGCACAGUGGUUGAGGUUGGUAAAGAAUGAACCGGUACGUAGUGCUCCAGCAGCUGGGAGACGGCACGUACGGGAACGUCGCGCUCGCUCGACGUCGAGACUCGGGCGAAUAUGUCGCUAUCAAGCGUAUGAAGCGCAAGUACUACUCGUGGGAGGAGGCCAUGGCGUUGCGGGAGGUCAAGGCGCUCAAGAAGCUGUCACACGCCAACAUAGUGAAGCUUCGUGAAGUGAUUCGUGAAGACGACACGCUGUACUUCGUGUUUGAGCAUCUACGAGGGAAUUUGUAUCAGUUGCUUCGCGAGCAACCGCCUCGCGAGCCCGCCCUACGAAAUGUCCUUUUACAGGUACUCCGUGGUCUAGCACACAUGCACCGCCACGGCUUCUUCCACCGCGACCUGAAGCCGGAGAACUUGCUCUGCAGCGGCCCCGAACUGGUGAAGAUCGCAGACCUAGGGCUGGCGCGGGAGGUGCGCUCCCGUCCGCCGUAUACGCAGUACGUUUCCACGAGAUGGUACCGCGCGCCUGAGGUGCUACUGCGAGAUCCGGCGUACGGCGCCCCCGUGGAUCUCUGGGCCGUGGGUUGUAUAGCAGCGGAGCUGCAUACAGCACGUCCACUUUUUCCUGGAGCGUCGGAGAUCGACCAGUUGUACAAAAUCGCGGGCGUCCUAGGCGCGCCGACGCGCGCGUCGUGGCCGGAAGGGCUGGCGCUGGCGGAGGCGCUCCGCUUCCGCUUCCCGCAGACCGCUCCCGUGCCGCUGUCGCGGGUCGUGCCCGGCGCCGCGCCGCCCGCGCUCGCGCUGCUGGCUGCGUUGCUCCGCUACCCGCCCCGCGAGCGGCCAACGGCGCAACAGGCGUUACGGUUUCCUUAUUUCGCGGUAGGAACUGAACUUGGCGUACCGCCGCCACUGUCUCGCGCAAGAAGGAGUAGUGUGCGCGUGGAGAUGGAGCCGUCGCCCGCGCCCGCUGCCGCGCCCGCUCCCGCCCUUGCGCCCGCGCCUGCGCUACCCGCUCUGCCGCCGCUGCGGGACCAUUUUGCCGAUAUUUUAGGAGGCGAAGUGGUACACGAGACACGCCCAGAAGAGUCGCUCCGGCGCGGCGACACGGGUACGCGCGGGCGCAGCGUGCUGGCGCCGCCGCUGGCGCCCGGGCGCAGCGUCCUGGCGCCGCCGCUGGCGCCCGCGCCGGCGCCGCGCGCGCUGGGCGCCGCGGCCGCGUACCUCGGCGCCGCGCGGUACGUGGCCGGCGCCAGGAUUGACACGUCGCUGUUCCAUCCGCUCGCUAUGCGUUCACACCACGAAACAGCGACAGUGGGUAGCGGCGCGCCGCGCGUGGACUGGGCCGCCAAGUACCUGCGCUGACCCCCGCCUCGACCCCCAACACCGACGUAUACUAUUUAACCCUUUGACUGCCAUUGGCGUCCACAGACGAAGAACCCGCCCGUUGUAACGGGCGGCGAAAACAAACCGCCAUAAAUCCCCCAAAAGGAUGGCAAGGCCACUCACUAGGAGUUGUGAAAGAAGAUACACGAGUGACGUCCACAGACGCGCACGGCUACCUACAGAUAUUAACAAUUUGGACGCCACGUCUAUCUUGUACGGGGCGCGUCAUCGUUAGGGUUGCCAUAAUUAUUUGGAACACGGGACAAAGAGGGUUGUUUCCAAUUUUUUGAAAUGCUUGAAAUACGUUCUAUAUUAACCAAACGUUGCCCUAAAAUUCAACUUUUACCCUAAAACGGCUUUAAAUAUGUUAAAUUAACAAAAUAUAUUUUGACACAUGCUUUCGCGCCUAAAACGAACGUGACUUCACAGUUUACGGUUUGACACAUAACUAUUAGUUCUCAGUACAAAAUUUGAUACUCAAGCCGUAGCCAUUUAGGUGGUGGGCAAGCUGUGUAUGUGUGAGUUUUAAACCAACUAAUAAAAUAUUAUAUCAUGAGUAUUCAUUAUCCAUUAGCAUUUCUAUGAUGUUAAUUUUUAGUGAAGAUAUCGAAGCUUCAAUUAAUUGCCCACCACCAAAAUAGCUAAAUAUUUACAAAAAUAUGCUCAUUAGAGGUCCACUAAAGGUAGUUUAACAUAUUCUUAUAAUCCAUAAGAAUUUUGGGAUACAAUUCUGCCCUAAGAUUUGUAGAUGGAAACAACCCUAUUAGGGUAGUAAUGGCGUUAACUGUUAUAGUGCCUUUCAUUACUUACAUAGGUAAACAAACUGGUUACACAGAGAUGAUUGUGACCAUUUCUCUAGGCAUUCUACAGCGGUAUCGAUUUACGGGACAGGUACAAAUACGGGACGCGAUCCUUCAAUACGGUGACAGUCCCGUAUAUACGGGAUGUAUGGCAGGCAACCCUAGUCAUCGUGAACCUUGUCGGGACGCCCGAAGGUUUAUUUUGUGCUUUGGCCGCUCGUCAGUUGACGUCUUUCGCGGAGACAUGGUUAGGUAUCUUCGUGCAUUCCGAUAUGGUUCAUUACGAUGGCGCGUUGUAAAUAUAUAAUAGGCACGGCGAUCAAAGGGUUAAGUGCUGGCGACCGACCGACAGUUAAACUUCUACCUUACAGAAAAACCACAGCCAAAUAACACUAGACUCUACUCAUAGUGUUGUGUUCCUGCCGGUGAGUAAGGUUGCCAGAGCUCAACGAGGGGAGGGAGGGUUGUUAGGGUCGGCAACGCGCGUGUAACUCCUCUGGACUUACGCCUGCACAUAGGCUACGAAGACUGCUUACAAUCAGGCCACCGUAUGCUUGUUUGCCACCGACGUAGUAUUAAAAAAAAACUUACCUUGACCUUGAGAGACUAUACAAUUUGGUUGCCAACCACCUCUACGGUCGGAACCUACCAAGGUCGUAGUGGUUGGAAGCCUCGUUGUCGUUGGUUGUGUGGUUGGUUGGUUGGUACUGUGGCUACAAAAAUUUCUUUAACAAUACACCUCUAUUUCAAAUUCUCUUUGCUACAACUAUGUAAUAUGAGACUCUUUGGGGUAAGAAAGGUCCCCAGAGCGCCAGAGAGAGAUUAUUAAUAUACAUGGUACAGUCAGCGUCAAAUACUUUGUAGCAACCAAAGUAGCCAAAUAGUUCGGUACACCAUAUAUUUAGUAUGGUGUACCGAACUAUUUGGCCACUUUGACUGCUACCAAGUAUUUGACGUUGACUGUACAGACGACCUACAUUAGUCCCUGUCCUAGUACGAGUAAGUAAUAACUUUGCUGGAAAGAGAAUACUCGAGGAUAAUUUUUGUGAGCGUUAGGAUGGCGGGUGGAUUUUAGAAAAAGUAUGUAGACAAAAUCGAGUGAGUAGGUAGGUAGAAGUGUUACGGUAUUAGAACCACUUUUAACCCUUAAAUGUAUGGUGUAGCUACUCUGAUCCUAGAUAUUUUUUUGUAAAUGGAAGGUAACCGUAUCUUUUAAGUUUUUUUUGAGAAGGAUGUCUUUAGUGCACUGAUUUGGUUAUAUAUACAAAAAAAAACCAAGUGAGACUUUACGGCUUAUAAUAGGAGGUAUUACUGCAAUGUUCUGCCGCCAGAGCGCAGCACUGGCACAUAUUGUAAACCAUAGGCUAACUAAUACAUACUUUGCCUUAAACAGUUUUUUGAGAAGUCUUCACUAUGACAUUGAGGCGUCAAGGCGGUUUGUUUAUGUUUACAGAGGGCCUCCGCGAAACACGAAAAUCAAAAUUUCUUUAUCUGCCUCUAUCUCUCGAAUAUGCAAGAGUGAUAGAGAAGCAGGUAACAGAAUUUCGAUUUCGUAUUUCGCGGUAGGCCGUGUAUGUGCUAGUAACGCCCUCUAUGCAGUUUUGCGUAAUAUUCACUAUUGUCAUGCAUUGUAACUAUUAAAAGGAUUAAAAAAAUAAUCACAGAAUUGGUGUGUAGUUCUAUAGGCUGACUGACAUCACUGUUAAGGAUAAAUUUAAUAAAAUAUUUGUUGAAAA